AUGGAAUAUAUCCGCGAGACUAUUGAAUGGAAGGGUCGCAAGGCAGUGAAGCCAUUAUCCGUCAUUAUCGUUGGUGCUGGCAUAGGUGGCUUGGCCCUGGGAAUAGGUCUUCAAAAGACCGGGCACAAGGUGACAAUACUCGAGCAGGUUCACGAGAUCGCAGAGGUUGGAGCCGGUAUUCAGGUAGCACCCAAUGCAGCGCGCAUCCUGUACCGAUUUGGUGUGUUGGAGGAGGUCGUGAAAUACGCCAACAUGUUGGAAAGAAACUCGCUGAGACGUUAUGCAAACGAUGAGGAACUAGGAUCGGCGCAGCUAAUGCCCGAUGCUGGCAAUAAAUACGGCGCGCCAUUAAGCGUCAUUCAUCGAGGCGAUCUGCAGCGAGUUUUGCUACAAGCUGCGAAAGACUAUGGCUGCAACAUCUUAACUUCCCACAAGGUGAUCAAAGUAGAUGACGGGUUUGAGCCCCGCGUACAAGUCCAAGGCGGUGACUGGUUCUCCGGAGACGUGGUGUUUGCAGCAGACGGAAUCAAGUCGUCUAUCCGAGCACAGGUUGCUGCUAGCCAUGGGCAACAAAGCCGCUCUUCCCCAACUGGCGAUGCUGCAUAUAGGGUGCUGAUUCCUAAAACAGAGAUGAAGCAUGACAAGGAAGCAAUGUCCCUUCUUCAAGAGAAUGUUGGCAUGCGGUACAUGGGCCCAGGCGGGCACAUUAUGGCGUAUCCCAUCAAGAACAACACCGUGUAUAACAUGGUACUCAUUCACCCGGCCAAGGAAAAUGAGGCUGGAAAAGAGACAUCUUGGACCACAAAGGGAAGCAAGGCCGAAAUGAUGAACUUUUACCAGCAUUGGUCACCUCUGAUUCGAAACCUUUUGAGCUAUGUGCCCGAAGGAGAGGUUCUCGAAUGGACACUCAACUCGCACGUCCCAUUGCCACGAUGGGUCGAGAACAAAGUUGGCCUCGUGGGGGACGCAUGCCACCCCAUGCUACCGUACGUGGCCCAGGGAGCGGCGAACGCCAUUGAGGAUGCUGGCGCCAUCACGGCCGCCUUGACCUGUACCAGUGAUGUCAAGCUGGCCUUGCGCGUCUACGAGCUCACUCGUAAGGAACGAGGCGAGCGAAUCCAAGCCAGUGCUUCCACGGUUCGCAAAACCCUGCAUCUACCGGAUGGGCCUGAACAGGAGCAGCGAGACAAGUCUAUCCGGGCCGCUAGUCACGGGGAGGGAAAUCACCCCGAUCUGUGGGCUGACACUGACUGGCAAGAUUAUAUGUGGGGGGUUGACGUUAUGAAGAAUAUAAUUGAAUCAUGGUCCGAGUUAUCUGGACAGGCUGGGGCUUAG